CAUGAAGCUUACUUGCCAGGCACAGAGCCCUAUUAUUCUCCCUCAGAUUGCAGUGUGUGCUGAUGCUGGGCUGGCACUGACAUCCGAAGCUGCUGCUACACUUUACAUUUAGCAAUGAUCAACCUGAGUGAGUCCAAGGUCACUGGAACAGGAAACCCUAAGACGGAUUCACACCGUCACCAGCAGCAGUGGCUCUAACAGCAGGUUGCGGGGGGCUGCAGCUUUUCAUUCCUCGGUCAGUCCCCCUCCCAGAAGACUCAUCAAGAUGUGAGGUUGCUAGUGACACUUCCAAAGAGUGCCUGCUGCAGUCUGUCUGCUCCCCCUGUGCUCAUCAGAGAGGUGCAUGAGCUGAGGAUGGUGCAGUGCUUUCUGGAGAGGUCCCUGCUGUUCAGGGCAGUGCUGCUAUGGCUUGAGCUGUUGCAGGAGUCCCAGGCUGGCUGGAGCUGUGGGGAUCUGUUGUGUGGCGACAAGGAGGGCUGCUGUGUGUUUGGGAAUGUCAGCCACACAGAGAUUAAAUGCUGUAAACUGCCUUUCCACACUUUCCUAGACAAUGUGGGCUGGUUUGUCAGGAAGCUGUCUGGGCUUCUCAUAUUGCUGGUUCUGUUUGCCAUCGGCUACUUCUUGCAGAGGAUGAUUUGCCCCAGCCCUCGCAGGUACAGCCGGCAGCAACAGAGGGGUCAGGGCACUCCUGGGCUGCUGAAUGAGACCAGCUCUCAAGACUCUCUCAUAGACAGUGUCCGGCACUUGCCUGAGCAUGAGCUUCACAUCAUUUCGUCUCCAAUUUUCCUGCAGCUCCCAAGCUAUGAGGAGGUCAAGUAUUUGCCCACUUAUGAGGAAUCCAUGCGACCCAACCAAGUCAUCCUGCCUGUGUCACAGAUACCUGCCCAGGCACUAGAGGAUAACAGGCCAGGACCUUAACCCUCAUACUGAAAAUGUAACAGCUUUGGGUGAAACAAUGACUUAAAAUACAGCACUUCACCCUAUUUGCUACCAGCCACUCCUGCCUUCCCUUCCUAUCCUAAUAACAAUUCAGAGUCUGUUCCAGUACACCUCACUGACACGCAGUCUCUCCAGCCUCCAUCUCUUUUCAUCCUGCAGCCCUUCCCGGCAUCACUGCCUGUCCUACAAACCACAUUAAUAUUUGUCUCUUUUUCCAUUAGCCGCUUUUGCAUUUGAAGCAUCAAUGUUCUAAUGUACUAAGCGCCAAUGCCCUAAUGUUUCUGUGGAGCACUGACUUCCAUCUGUCACGGCUGCAAUCAGUAGCAGCUUUUUCCACAUUCUCUGUUCUGAAGGGAGAAUUUCAGCAGCAAUAUUCAAGGACUUUCAUCAUUUAUGUAGAUCAUUCGUGUUAUUUCUUACUGUAGAGCAUGUCUUUCCAAGCUAGAGCUGUGAGGGUAUGCUGGGGGUUGCAGUAGUACAACAGCAAGAGAGAUCUGUAGGUUGGCCAGCCAUACCAUGAAGAAGGGCAGUCUAUUUCCCACGACUGGGUUAAAGCACAACUAUCCUGCUGCCCUUAAAUCUUUACUGCACCAUGUUUAAUUAUCUUUGA